UCCGUUCGUUCAGUUUCGGCACUACUCGGCGUCACCACAGUCGGUCCGUCCGUCGUCGUGCUUCGUACCUCGAAUUCUGUAUUAUUUUACUGGUAUAUUGUAAUAAUUAUUAAUUAUAACUGUCGACAGUUUUUUUCCUCGUUACGCCGAGCGUGUUGGGUGUCGUUUUUUUUCAGUUUUUGAUAGUGAAAAAAAAUAAGAAUGUGUUAAAAAUUACAGUUAUGUUUUUAAUGUUAAUAACAAUGCCAUAAAAUAACAUGAUAUGCCGCGACGACGUGAGGAGGUACCCCACACCUGUGCCAUGUCAAUAAUAUUGAUAACGGUUUGAUAAAGAAGAGUAUCGGAACGUCAAAUAUUUUUAUGACCGUUUUAUUGUCGUACUAAAAGCUGUUGUUGUUUCCAAGUAAAAUAUCAUAAUUCCCAAUCGACCGUCCCGGAUCCCUGACGCUGGACAAUCGGACCAUCAGCAAAGCCGACACGGUCAACGUUCAACGACGCUUUGCGCACCAGAUAAAUAUCAGUAAAAAUGUCACAUCACAGUGAUGACAAUAUGUUAAUAGCAAGUAGUGAUUCGUUUUGGGAACCCGGCAAUCACAAACGCACUACUAAACGUAUCGAAGAUGGUUAUCGGUUAUGCAAUGAUCUUAUUACCCUCAUACAAGAAAGAUCAGAUAUUGAAAAGGCAUACUCUAAGAGCUUAAAAGGAUGGUCAAAGAAAUGGAACGAAAUUAUUGAAAAAGGUCCAGAAUAUGGAACGACAGAAGCAGCUUGGAAGGGUGUAUUAGUUGAAGCUGAUAGACUUUGUGAUUUGCACAUAAGAGUUAAAGAUGACUUGUGUAAUGAUAUAAUGCAACAAGUAAAGACGUGGCAAAAAGACAACUAUCAUAAGACUGUUUUGCAUAUAAAAGAACGAAAAGAAAUGGAAGAAUCAUUUAAAAAAGCUCAAAAACCUUGGUGUAAACUAUUGACUAAGGUUAACAAAACAAAAAAUGAGUACCAUAUUGCAUGUAAAGCAGAAAAAUCAGCAACAAAUCAAGAACGAAAUGCAUCUGCUGACAGUUCCUUAUCUAUGGAUCAAGUGAAAAAAAUGCAAGACCGUGUAGCUAAAUCGAAAGAAGAAGUGCAGAAAGCCAAAGAAAAAUAUGAAAUGGCUCUACAAGAAUUAAAUGCAUACAAUCCAAAAUAUAUGGAAGAUAUGACAGUUGUAUUUGACCGAUGCCAAGAAACAGAAGCUAGAAGAUUACAGUUUUUUAAAGAUACCCUGUUUACAAUACACAAGUGUCUAAAUGUUUCUCAAGACCCCGUGUUGCCACAGAUUUAUGAAGAGUUUUAUCAUACUAUCAAUAAUGCUGAUCACGAGAAAGAUUUACGAUGGUGGUCAAAUAACCACGGUGUCAAUAUGGCUAUGAAUUGGCCCUUAUUUGAGGAUUAUAUAGAAGAAUUCCGGGAUAUAUCCAAGGGAAAAAUCAAGGAAUCUAUACCUGCUGGAACAAUAACAUUAAUCAAUCAACGAUCAGUCGGAGAAGAUUUGCAUGUAAAUGAUUUACAUUCAACUCAUCCAAAGGUAAAUAGCAAAAAGCAAACUGUUACAUUAUCACGAUCGGAUGAUAGUACUGACGAUCAUAAGCAAUCUACAGAAAAAUCAAAUGGAACAAAAUCGCAUCCUAUAACCAAUGGAGCGUCAAACAGCCAAACACCGGACUCAAACCCUUUUGAGGAGGAGGAAUGGGAUGAAGAAGAAGGAGUUGGUCCCGAUGGUGCGCUUGUGGACAACGGUGAACCCGGUGUACCUGUAAAAGCACUGUAUGAUUAUGAGGGUGCCGAAGCUGAUGAGCUCAGUUUUAAACAAGGAGAGUUAUUUGAAAAAUUAGAAGAUGAAGAUGAACAAGGCUGGUGCAAGGGACGUAAGGAUGGUCGAGUUGGAUUAUACCCAGCCAAUUAUGUAGAAUCAGUAUCAUAAACAGAAUGAUUAGUUUUAAAUAUCAAAUAGUAUGUAUAAUAUUUAAAAAUGAAAACAACAAUGACAUAUAUGGACUACUAUGUACUAUGUCUGUUCCUCUGCCAAAAAAAGAUGUUGUGAUCCAAUUAAUAUUUUUGGAGUAUUGGUUGUUUUUAAUUUAAAUUGUUUGUUUAUUUAUAUUUAUUUAAUGAAAAAAAGUUUAUUGUUAUAUUGAGGGAACAAUUGGUAGAUAGAAACAGAUAUUUUUAUUUGAAACAAUUUUUUUUUCUUAAUACUCCAUUAAUUUUAAUAAUAAUUUAUAUACUGGCAUUAUCUACUCUUAUCAAAUGUAUACUAGAGAAAUGUGUUGAUAGUUACAUAUCUACUUGAACAGCAUUUAAUUAAAAUCAGUAAUUUAUUAUUAUUAUUAUUAUUAUUAUUACUAUUAUUAUUUACACAAAGGAGUGAUCAACGCAUUGAGCAUUGAAAGUAUGUUUUAAAUCAAGAUUUUAUGGAUCAAAUCAAAAUCUGAAUCAAUAAAUUGAAUAAAAUGAAUAGAAUAAACAAUUUUACUAAAUACUUUUUAGUAUAAUGCAUAAAGAACAAUUAAACAAUUGUAAGUGUUUAAUUAUUUU